AAUAAAGAAAUAUCUUAGGACUUCAAUCAUUAGCGACGGGAAAAGUUGAAAAAGCGAGGGGAAGGGUUGCAAACUAUAGAUAGCUUCUACAACUGCUUUGAAUGAAACAGUCAGUCAGGGAACAAAAGAACAGAAAAAUUCUUGAACAGUUAGAAGAACAGAAGAAAAGAUUAAGAAUGGGAGGACAUCCAGGUCCAGCAAAUCCUAUGGCCAUCAGUACUCCUCCUGCAGUUCAGCAGCCAGCCUUACCAGCCAAUCCUUCUUCAACACUUGUAAUGGAGACUCACAACAUGACACCAGCUCAAAGAGCAGCAUUACAGCAUGCCAAUGCAAAUUCUUUUGGAUAUUUCAUCACACAAGAUUCGUCUUUUGGAAAUCUGAUUUUACCAGUGAUACCACGGUUCAAAGAUGUAUGAAUAUGAUUUUGUUGGUUUCUCUCAAUUUAAGACCUAAAAACAUCAAAAGAUUGUUGGAAUUUUGCAAUGGUAAUAAGAUCAUUGUGCUUGUGUUAAAAGCAGAUUCAGUCAAAUACAAAUGUAUGAACAAAUAAUGAAGUUGAAUGACAACACAGAAGAGAAGGCAAAAUUAUUUGUUUUCCCUUUGAAUAAAAUUUUGCAUGAUAUGAAACUGUUUGUAAACUAUUGUUAUGCAUAUUUACAUAGGGAUUACUGUUACAUGUAUAAUUGAUUUGCAUGUUUAUUAAGAUGUAUGAAAUAUUAAA